UUUUGUGAUUCUGAUAAUGUUGCUAGGAACAGAGCAGAAAAUAAAUGCUCUUCCUUGGUGAGUCAGAGUCCUCUAAUCCUCCACAGCUGUUGGUGCAAAAUGCAAAUGGUCGACAGCCCAAUUCCUGAUUUUGAUCCUCGUGGCCUGGGCGUAUGCGUUAUUGCCCAUCGCUUUCCCAUCCUUCCCUUCCCUUCCAUAAAUGUCACCACUGGCAUACGACAAUUCUAAAUUCGAAUUUUCAAUUGUGCAAAUCCAGCCAAGCUUCUCGAAUCUCGAUAGCACAUGACUUGUAAUCCACUCAUAGAGUCCUGCUCUUCCUGCACUCUGUUUCUCUAUAAAUUCCUCACGGUCCUCUCUUCCUCUGCAACUGACAGUUAAUCCCACAACCAUGGAUUUCUUCUUCCUUUGCUCCUUCUUGCUUCUCGCGAUCUCCCCUGCAACUGCCUGCGACAGAUGCAUACACCAAAGCAACGCUGCGUUUUACACCAGCUCUGCUCCUCUCAACUAUGGGGCUUGUGGGUAUGGUUCCCUAGCUUCAAACCUCAGUGGAGGACUCCUCGCAGGUAGUGGCCCUUCCCUCUUCGACAAUGGAGCCGGUUGUGGCGCAUGCUUGCAGGUGAGGUGCACGAACAAGACUUUGUGCAGACCAGGAGGCACCACAGUUGUUCUAUUUGAUCGUAAUGCCAAUACCCAGACAGAUUUGGUUCUCAGCGACGCGGCAUUUGCAGCCUUGGCGAUGGAGGGCAAGGAUCGUGAGGUUUUGAAACAGGGUAUCGUGGACGUGGAAUACAGAAAGGUACCUUGUAAAUACAAAAGGAACUUAGCUGUGCGUGUGGAAGAAAUUACCAAUAAGCCAAACUUUUUAGCACUAAACUUUUUGUACCAAGGCGGCCAAACAGAGAUAGUCGCUGUUGAAAUAGCUGAGGUUAAUGAUUCAUCUAAUUGGCAAUUCAUGAGCCGAAACUAUGGGGCAGUGUGGUCAACAAAUAAGAUUCCACCUGGGGCAUUGCAACUUCGAUUGAGUGUGAUAGCAGGAUACGAUGAAAAGUGGAUAUGGGCACAAAGAGUUGUGCUUCCUGCUGAUUGGACAAUAGGGACAAUCUAUGACACGGGAGUUCAAAUCACUGAUAUUGCACUGGAAGGUUGUUCUCCAUGCGGCGAUGACCCCUGGACAUGAUGAGACGAAGGAUCUUUACUUUUUUAUCUGGGGUUUUUUGCGUGCUUAGGAAGGAGAAAAAAGUAUAAUUGUUGGGUUUUAAUUUUACAUUCCACCACAUCCGUUACAAUGUUAAUAAUAGUUGGAUGAUGUAGAAGAAUAUGAAGAAGAAAAAUUAUAGACGAUGAAUAUUACUUUUACGUUGUGUCACAUUUCUUACAAUAUCAAUAUGAGUAUGUGCAAGAUGUACAUGCUCUAAUAACAACUAUGUGUGUUUGAUUAA